AUGGGAGGGAUCAGGAAUUCUGGGGUUGACAUCACCAUCCAGCUGAGCAAGGGGCCGGAAGAAAAGUUGUUUACAGGCUGCCAAAGUGAGGCUGGGAAUGAAAUGACAAUGUGGCCAUUUCGGGGCCUGGAGGUGAACCGAGCCCCAUGUGACCUGAGCUUCAUGGAGGCCAUCAAUCAGCGCAUGCAGGUGCCCAACAGGCUGAAGAUGGCGGAUGAGUCCAACCCACUGGAUGAGGAGAGAAAAGCUGAGGAGCUUCGCCCUUCCUUCCGGAUGCACAUCCCUGAUAGGCUGUCGCUGGCAGAGAUGAUGGAUGAUAAUCGAAGGCCUCUCCUGUUGGACCAGCUAAGGCAGCACCCCUCUAUUGUUGUGCAUACGCUUCAGGACCCCUCUACCCAGCCCGCAGGAUUUGGGGAGCUCCUGUUUCUGGACACCACGGCCCAAUCAGGCACCCAGAAACGCAAGCGAUCGACCCACCAUGGCAGACUGCGGAAGGAGAGAACUCCGAGCGAGACCCCCGAGAUCGCCUUGCGUAGCAUGAGCCGGAAGCCUGACCGGCCAGGCAUAAGCCCACUACCCAGCCCCCCAUUCCCCCAGGAUGCCAGGAUCUACUCCCCGCAGAACAUUUUCCAGAUGGUGUACUUCCUGGGUCACCUACUCUUCCACCGUGUUAACAAGUCUGCCCGAGACCGAGCCCAGCCCAGCUCCCAGGACACAGGGCCAGCCUCAGAAAGCUCCCUGGAGGAGAUCAGCGUGACUGACAUUAUAGCCAUGAGGAAACAGUUGAACAAGAUCUCGGGGAGGCUGCGGACUCUGGAGGAGCAAUGUACUGGCUGGCGUCAGAAGGAGCUUCUGGUCUACUCUGUGCUAGUCUCGGCAUGUCUCAUCAACACCUGGCUUUGGCUAAGGAGAUAAAGAGCCCUACCCAUCCCAGGAGAGACUGUG